UGUGUAUAUAUAUAUACAUGGACGUGGAUAAUAAAUGAGGUUGGAUCGGCUUUUAGCGAUUCUCGUGUUUUGUCAUUCCUGGCUUUCACGAUCUCUACUGCCAUUUUUGUCUCUCUUGAGACUGCUUUUUUGUGUUCUUUCUCUGAAAUAUUUUUCGCUCCUUGUGUACUGUACUCGCUUCUUUGUCGACCAUUCCACUGUUCCGCCGCAGUAAUUUCCGCUGCGACUUUUCCAUUUCUCAUGUACCUCCAAAAAUUUUCCUGGAAAAUCUAUAUUUCCCUUUCCAAUCACUAUACAGCAUUUCCUCCACUAAGUUAGAAUUACCACUUUUGAACCACAGAGAAAGAACGAAAAUCAAAUUUCAUGUGUUAUCAUUGAAUAAACUAAGCUCGACCGUGACAUUUGAGGGUCUCAGAGACAGCGUGUGAGAAAGACCUUUUCCUGUGAGACAUCCAAUCAUCCAUGGCGCUUUAGGGCUUCGUUUCCGCGUACCGAGUUUCGAAGCCGAGUUAUAUAAAUUUCGCUGAGUUUCCUUUUGUCUUUUUGUGAGUCCUGCUGUGGGAGAUAGAGAGUCUGUUGAAGUUACAGCGUGAUUCGUUAUCCAAAUCCAAGCAUGCGAGCUUUGUUAAAGCCCCGAUUCGCUCUGCUUUUCCUAUCUUUCUCUCUCGCUGGACUCUUCGUGCUCGCCUUACUUACAGGUCUUUUGGACGGUCGUUCUCUUACCGGAUCGAGUCAGAUGGCCAUCAACGGUGGGAAUAAAACAUUCUCAACUCCAAAUCGCAAGCUGCUUCGCCAUGUUAUGGCAAUUGAGGAGCCGGACAGGAUAGGAGAGAAGUGUACAAAAUCAGAUAUAGUGAUACAACAGGGACCCACAGACCCGCUGCCCAGUGGAAUACCUACCUAUACUGUUGAGAUCACGAAUGUGUGCGUUACUGGUUGUGAUAUAUCCCGGAUUCACCUUAAUUGCGGCUGGUUCAGCUCAGCUUGCCUCAUCAACCCCAAGGUCUUCAAGCGUCUUCGCUACAAUGACUGUAUUGUCAAUGAAGGCAGACCAUUGGUCAAUGGUGGGACUCUCUCAUUUCAGUAUGCCAACACCUUCCACUACCCUCUUUCUGUCUCCUCAGUUGUUUGCUCUUAGAUAACAUCAUUAGUGUAAGUAUUUUGGUCUGCAUUGCCUUCUGGGUUGUCUUGAUAUCCUGCUUUUGCUUUUGUCUGGCUGGUUAAGUCUCUGUUUUUUUCGCAUGAAUUGAUACUGAGUUCUACAAACUGUAAAGGGUAUUUUGUUUAGGUGUCUUGGAAUUGAGCUGAUUGGAGGGAUCAAACAUGGCUGCUAAGCAGAGUCUUUUUGGAUAGUGACUUCGAAAUUUUUGGGUAUGACGCUCUGUAUAUAGUUUAUAUGGUAUAGUAAUAGCCUCGGAGAUGAGAGAAUUUGAAACUGUGAUUAGAGGAAAUAUUUUUUAGUUUGCUUGGGAAUAGAAUUGAAAUUUGGA